AUGGCGCGAGCUGCGGCGAGUUCGUACGUGGCGAAGGUGGUGAGGCGCAACCAGACGUCGCUGGCGCGGAUAGAAGCGGGCGUGGAGGCCGUGUGUCGCGGGGUGCGCGCGAUAGAGUCCCGGCUGAGCGGGGAAUGCAGCGACAAGGAGAAUGCGCGUGGCGAGGGCGGGACAGCAGCAGUGGCAGCAGAAGAAGCAGGAGGAGAAGCAGGAACUGGGCCAGGGGCAGGAGCAGAAGCAGGAGCACGAGCAGGAGAAGCAGGAGGAGAGGGAGCAGCAGCAGCAAAGUGCGGGUGGUGGCGUGAGGCGUGCUGGCCUGUGCCGCACAUGCCCUUCUCUGAUGACAUGGCCACGAGCAGGCGCAGGUUCCUGGUGUUCGCGUACUCGCACGAGCAGCUCUCCAACACGCGCUCUCACCUCGUGGAGGCCGCACGCUUCGCCCAAGCCACCAACCGCACGCUCGUGCUGCCCAAGGGCAGUCGCAGCCGCCUCUCACUGGGCGGGGCCCUGCCGCUGUGCGACUACUUCGACCUCGCUAGCAUCGACACGCACUGGAUCUCGCCCGACCUCUUCCUGCUCCUCGCUAGAGCCACUCUCACCCCGCCCUUCGCUGCUGCUGCUGCUGCUGCUGCACGCGGCGCCAGCCCCUCCGUGGCCUUCGUGCAUGUGCAGACGCACCUCACAUGGCGCAUGCCCUUCACUCAAAGCAAAAUUAGCUGUGCAAAUGUCUCAGAGGCUGUGUGUCGUGCUGCGUGGUGGGCAGGGUGUCUGGUGGACAUGCUGAGCGAGCUCAUGGUGUAUGGCAUGGGGCACGCGCCCUCCAAACGCAACACUCUUGACGUCAUCAUGCCUGCCAACAGCUCUGCAAUUCUCCGCAAGUUGAACAAGUGGCGGCACACGGACGUGCUCGUGUGGGUGAAGACCACGUUCGAGCGCGUGAGCUUCAACAUUCCCACAGAUUCCAUCUCCUUCCAGAUGCUUCCGUACAGCAAGGAGUGGCACGCCAUGGCACAUCGAGCCAUGGCCCACCUGCCUCCCCGGUACAUUGCGGUGCAUUACCGAUCCGAGUUCAUCGCCUUCCACCUCGCACAUAAGCUAGUGAGGAGGGGGUUCAAGGUGGAGGCGGGCGUGCUGGAGGAGCUCAUGUCGGGGUGCAUGGAGGCAGCGCGCGACCUCAUCAACGCCAUGAAGCGCCGCCACAACAUCUCCGCCGUAUUCAUCGCCGCCGACGUGCCAUUUGACGACCACGCGGGCAGCCUCGUGCGCUCCGACUCGUGGAAAGAAACCACGUGGCGGUUCCAAGGGCAGGAGCGGGUGCUGGCGGCCCCGCAGGAGAAGCUGCGGUGGCUGAGGGAGCAGGUGGCGGGCACAGUGAUGGUGGACGAGCUCAUGCCUCAUAUCAACCGCUACGACCCCGGCAUUGUGGCCAUAUUGGACAAGCUGCUGUGUGCGCAUGCGCACGUGUUCCUGGCUGGGUCUACCACAUGCGGGGGGGGGCGUGGGUUUGAGGAGGACAUCAUCAGCCACAGGCAUCACUUCAACAGGACCUCCCCCCACAGAUGGGUUUCAGAGACAGACAAGCGUCUAUGGCACUUGAACAGCAGCUCUGCAGGUGCAGGGUGA